AGAGCGAAUAUUACCAAAAAAAAAAAAAGUUCAGAAGAGAGAGAAAAAAAAAGAAGAAGAAAGAUUAGGCAGCAAACUAUGGAGAUUAAGACACAACGAGUUACAUCAGAAACAACCGUGAGGAAAGAGGAAGAAGAAGAGGAGCAACCGCUUAGUCCGACAGCGCGUAUUUUUCACGCCCCAGAGUUUAACUGCUACGUCAUCGCUGUGAUCGGACUCAAGAAAAAGAUCGAGGCAGAUGUGAUUACCGAAGGGUUAAAGCAAACUUUGAUUAGACAUCCUCGUUUCUCCAGUAAAUUGGUGAGCCAUGGAAACAAGAAACGACAAACACAAAGUUGGGUUCGGACAAACGUGGUCGUUAGCGAUCACGUCGUAGUACCCGACAUCGAAACGCAAUACACAGAGAACGGUAACGUAAACGCAGACGCGUUUCUUGAGAGCUACGUCUCCAACCUCACGACGGUCCCUUUAGAUAUCUCGAAGCCAUUAUGGCAGCUUCACCUACUCGAUUUAAAAACUUCGGACGCCGAAAACGUCGCUGUUUUGAAGUUUCAUCACUCUUUAGGAGACGGUAUGUCUCUCAUGGCCCUUGUCCUCGCCUGUAUGCGUAAAACAUCAAACCCCGAUGAGCUCCCGACUCAACCGAACCAGAACCGGUCGUCCUCUACAUCUUCCCGGUUAACAGCCGCUUCAAGGGGUGAUUCCAGGUUCUUGUGGUUGGUUAUGAUUCUAUGGUCGGCGCUUAUGUUGGUUUGGAAUACGGUUUGUGAUGCUUUGGAGUUUAUUGCUACGGCAAUGUUCCUUAAGGACACUGAAACACCGAUCAAAGGCGAUUUCCGCUCAGGUAAGAGUAAACGGAUGAGUUUAGUCCAUCGUACCGUUAGCUUAGAGGACAUAAAGCUAAUCAAGAAUGCAAUGAAUAUGACUGUCAACGAUGUUGUACUUGGAGUAACUCAGGCUGGUCUCUCGCAAUACUUGGAGAAAAGAUAUGGAGAAAAGAAGAAAGUAGGAAAAGAUCAAGAAUCUAAAAGUAAUUCAAAUGAUAUGCCAAAACUAAUAAGGCUAAGAUCAGCUCUACUUGUUAACUUAAGACCCACCACUGGAAUCCAGGAUCUAGCCGAUAUGAUGGCCAAGAAGUCUAAUUGUAGAUGGGGAAAUUGGAUCGGCUACAUAGUCUUUCCGUUUUCGAUCGGUUUACGGGAUGAUCCGUUAGAGCAUCUCCGAAGAGCCAAAGGGAUCAUCGACCGGAAGAAAAAUUCGUUCGAAGCUGCCCUAACGUUCAUCGCCGGUAAAUUCAUUAUCAGAUCGUUUGGAGUUCAGGUGGCAGCUAAGAUAAUAAACAGAGCAUUGUCAAACACAACAAUGUCGUUUUCAAAUUUAAUUGGCCCUAUUGAAGAAAUUAGCUUCUAUGGACACCCCAUCACUUACAUGGCCCCAAGUGUGUAUGGCCAUCCCCAUGCGUUGACGAUACAUUUCCAGAGUUACAUGAACCAGAUGACGAUUUCUUUGACUGUAGAUCCAACGGCCAUAAGUGAUCCUCAUCGGCUACUUGACGAUUGGGAGAAAUCUUUACAAAGCAUCAAAGAUGCUGUUAACGAAAGAGGCUCCGGCUCAUUAGAUUGAGUCAAAUCUCUGUUUUCUUAUUCAAAGAAAAAGAAUAAUUAAGAAACUAUUCAAAUAGAUUUGAGGAUGUGAGUACGUACCAAUAUGUACAAUUGUAAUUGUAUUGAUAUGGGGGAAUAACGUACAAGAAGACCCUAUUGUAAUAUUAUACAGAAUCAACAAAGAAGUUCUUUUACAAG